UGAUUCUGUGUGUUGUGCGUUAUGUGUACAGCCUUGUGUGCGCUUCUCACCAGAUGCUAAAGUAUAUUGGCCACUUCUGUCUCAGUGCGUAUAUCAUCUCACGUCAGGCUGCAUUACCUGAUUACCUCAGUCAGAUUGUACCUAGAUAAGUCCCUGAUAUUAUGACUUCCCCACGUUGAAACUGGGAGAUCUGCUGUUAUUCUCUCUAGUUGCAGCCCUAUUUAGGAGAGAUUAAAGAGAGUUGAGUGGGGCUCUCUUGCUGUUGCCUUCUCUUCUCUCUCUCUCUCUCUCUCUCUCUCGUGCUAAAGUUAACUGUUAAAAUUGGCACGGGGACUCCGCACGUUUCCAUGGAGGUCGGGUUUAAACUUGAUUUGAUGACUUUAAAAAAUUGUUGCCAGUAAAUUUGCACCACUUUGGUGAGUGCGGUCCUACCGAGCAAUAACAGACAGAGACCGAGCGGGAUGUCUUCCAAGAGAGCGGCCUCUCCGUAUGGGGAAACAGAUGGAGAGGUAGCCAUGGUGACAAACAGACAGAAAGUAGAAGAGGGAGAAAGUGACGGACACUCUGCUUUCCAUCCGCCUCUUCCACCGAGUUUUUCCAACAACCUUCACACAGAGGAAUUACACACACCGUCCACAAUGAGCAGAGAGACUUUGUCUUGUGAGAGCCCAGCAUCUUUGCAAGACUCAACGGAUCACGACGGCAAUAAAGCAGCCUCACUAUUCUCUACACACAACUCAUCUACCUCACCUCUGAAGACUGAAGAAGGGGCUCGACAGAGCAGUGAGUCAGGGUCUGGCACUGCACUGGGCACCCCAGAGAGACGCAAAGGCAGCCUCGCAGAUGUAGUGGACACACUGAAGCAGAAAAAAAUGGAGGAGCUCAUCAAGAGUGAACCUGAGGAAACGCCCAGCAUCGAGAAACUUUUAUCAAAAGACUGGAAGGACAAGCUUUUAGCCAUGGGUUCGGGAAAUAUCGGGGAGAUUAAAGGGACUCCAGAGAGUCUAGCAGAGAAGGAACGGCAGCUAAUGGCGAUGAUCAAUCAGCUGACAAGCUUGCGCGAACAGUUGCUGGCUGCCCAUGAUGAACAGAAGAAACUCGCAGCUUCACAGAUCGAGAAACAGAGGCAGCAAAUGGAAUUAGCCAAGCAGCAGCAGGAACAAAUCGCUAGGCAACAGCAACAGCUACUGCAUCAGCAACACAAAAUCAACCUCCUCCAACAGCAAAUCCAGCAGGUUCAAGGUCAGUUGCCUCCGUUGAUGAUUCCCGUGUUCCCUCCUGACCAGCGAACGUUGGCAGCUGCAGCGGCCCAGCAAGGAUUCCUUCUGCCUCCUGGAUUCUCCUACAAACCUGGAGGAUGCAAUGAGCCCUACCCUCUUCAGCUUAUCCCCACAACCAUGGGAGCAGCAGCAACACCAGGACUUGGCCAGCUCCAGCUGCAGCAGUUGUAUGCAGCCCAACUGGCUGCAAUGCAGGUGUCUCCUGGAGCCAAGUUACAUGGUAUGUCGCAGGCCAACCUGAACAACACCCUGUCACCCAACAACGCCCAGGCAGAGAAAGGCAGAACCACCCCUCCACCCAAAAGCAAGGACGAGGUGACACAGCCACUGAACCUCUCAGCCAAGCCGAAAACGUUUGACCCCACAAAAUCACCCGCGUCACCCAACUCCCCCCAGAUUCCCUCAUUGAAAAUGAGCACAGGAUCGAGCCACCUCAAACCGGUCAUGUCUGCCACGUUGAGCGGCCCACCUGGUCGAAUGACCUCAAUAGACAUCCUGUCGUCCAUCACAUCCUCGGGUUAUUUGAAUGACCACGAUGCCGUGGCUAAGGCUAUCCAAGAGGCCAGGCAAAUGAAGGAGCAGCUUCGGAGGGAACAACAGGCACUGGAUGGGAAGGUUGCCGUCAUCAACAGUCUGGGGCUAAAUAACUGCAGGAUGGAAAAGGUACAUGAGAAGACAUCAUUGGAAAGCCUUGCCCAGCAUCUGACUGAGAAGCGACCGGAAGAUGGGAAGUUUGGGAACGCAAUGGUGGACUUUACUGUGGGCGGAGAGGCAGAUGGAAAUGCAGGUGUCUCCGAACCCAGGAUCUAUCGGGAAGCUCGCGGCCGGAGCAGCAAUGAGCCCCAUAUCAAACGGCCUAUGAAUGCCUUCAUGGUCUGGGCCAAGGAUGAGAGACGAAAGAUUCUGCAAGCUUUCCCUGACAUGCACAACUCCAACAUCAGCAAGAUUCUGGGCUCUCGCUGGAAGGCCAUGACGAACCUUGAAAAGCAGCCGUACUAUGAGGAGCAAGCCAGGCUGAGCAAGCAGCACCUUGAGAGGUAUCCGGAUUACAAGUACAAGCCCCGGCCGAAACGUACCUGUGUGGUGGACGGCAAGAAGUUGAGGAUCGGCGAAUACAAAGCAUUGAUGCGCAACAGACGCCAAGAAAUGCGGCAGUUUUUUACUGUCGGGCAGCAAGGUCAGAUCCCUAUCACAACAGCUGGAGUGGUGUAUCCCGGGGCUAUCACCAUGGCCGGCAUGCCGUCCCCACGGAUCCCUUCGGAGCACUCAAGCAUGUCGAGCAGCCCGGAGCCCAGUAUGCCGGUGAUCCAGAGCACUUACAGCCUCAAAUCUGGGGACAGCCAAGCGAAGGAUGAGCUGAAGAUCAAUGACAUGAACGGAGGGAUGUAUGGCGAGUACGAGGAUGAAGAGGAGGAUGACCCAGACGCAGACUACGGCAGCGACGACGAAAACCAGGUGGCAGUGCAAGCUGACUGAUAGGAGGUCACGAACUUCCACCGACAAGUCUGAAUCCAUCGGUCUGGUGCAUCCUACCGGGGCCAAGCACAUUUUGACUAUCCAAUACACUGACUGUUACUGAAAACUAUUUAGUCUUAAUAAGCAGGAUAUAGUCAGAACUCUACUGGCUAGUAGACCUCGGCCUAUGGUACGGGCGUGGGAAACAAAAAUGAUAAGCUAUGGCUAAAACAAUGCCAGUAAAAUCAGCUGCUAACCCUGAGCACUGACGUCUUACCCUCCUGAGGUUUGUCUAGACUGUCAUUCUUAUAAGAUUCUAUAAAUUCUCACUCAGGUACAAAGUGCCAACAAGUGGCUUGUGAAUGUGUUUUGUUGUUAUUUUUGUGCCACAAUAAAAGGUGUUUUUUUUUGUUCAUGUUUUUGGAUGGAUCAAGGAAAAAAGAAACAAGUUUUUCUGUUUGCUCUCGAGUUGCCUUUGUUUCAAAGGAGUCUAUUUUCUUGAAUAUCAGCACACUGUCGCACCCUCAUAGAGUACUUUUGUUCUUUUUUCCGUUGUUUGUUGCACACCAUUUUAAAAUGCAACUCUUAGCAAGUGCCAAAAUGUGUAAUUGUUGGAAUUAGUUCAUGCGCUUUCCUACAGUCUUAAGCUAGGGAUAUUGUUGGGUCUUAGACAAUCCCAGACACCUUUCCAUACCAGCAGCUGUAGGAGAUAGUAGGUGAAGUUCUCAGGUGAAAGGGGAAAUAACUGAAGAUGUGUGAAACUUUUUAUUACCUAAAUCAUAUGUGUGUGUGUGUGUGUGUGUGUGUGUGUGUGUGUGUGUGUGUGUGUGUGUGUGUGUGUGUGUGUGUGUGUGUGUGUGUGUGUGUGUGUGUGUGUGCAUACGCACGUGUGUGUGUGGGUGUGCGUGGGUGUAAUGGUACUUUAUAAGGUGUCGGAGACAGUGAUAGCAAAGCAGCACGGGAGAAUGAAAUUCCAGGUCCUCAAUAUCCACUCCGACACCCUCCGCAGUGAAGCCGCCGUUCCUCUUCCCUCCCUUCCCUCACCACCACCACCACCGCACCCCCCCGAACCCCCAGCCCUCGUUCUGCUGAGGUGGACGCUUCCUUCAGCUCUCACAAGUCUUUGCUGUUUGUGUUCGAAGCACUUAGGAAAAGAAAAAGAGGGGGGCGUCGGGGAGAACGAACAGACAUCCAAACUCAGAGGCGAGACUCGUUUCUGUCAUAGAGUUUGCCGUUAGCCAGGAACGUGCCAUUCUGGUGAUGGCGCAGUGUGUGAAACAGACACCAUACCUCCAAUGGAUUUUGGGUGUUAGAAACUUUCUUCCCCCUCACCUCAAAUAAUACAAUUUUGGAUAAAUGGAAAUUAAAUGCUUUGUUGUUAAUGGCGGACUAGCUGAUCAUAUUACUGCAUGUCAGUGUUUAAUUUGUAUUUUUUGACUGUAUUUUUCAAUUUUAACUGCCUCUCAAUAGUGUACAAUGAUGGUCAGCUAUCCCCCAGUUAGUAAGUUAUGUAUAAUUUAUUUCUUCAGUUCUAUCUAAUUGAUUGGCAAUGCAGCAUUCUGUAGCUGUAGAUAUUUAAGCCUGGUAAUUUAGAUAUAAAGUUUUUUCUUUUUUAUGUUCUUUAAGUCCUAGUGAUGUCAUGUUAUGAUGUUUAAUCAACAGGCGUGAAAAUAAUUGGACUGUUUUCUUGGGACAGAAAUGAGACUGUUCACAUGCUCUCAUUUCAUAUUUAAUUGUCAUGGUCACUUAGAGCUGAUUCGCUAAAGCACUCUGUAAUGGAAAAGAAAAAAAAUUGCCGAUUUAAAAAAAACAAGUGUUUUAUAUCACUUUAUGUAAAAUGUGAAACCAGUUUUUGUUUUUUUUUCUCUCAACUGUGUGAACAAACUUCUGACUUGUGUGAGGUUUGAGUCUCACAUUGGCUGGGCCUUUUCCACCAUUUCUUUUUUGGCGCUCUGUUUAUUUAUAUGACUCUAGACUACAAGAGUACUUUGUUUUAGCUCCAGUAAGGUUUUCACCAUGAUUUUGUGGCUGUGAGCCGUUUGUGAUCUAUAUGCCAACAAUGGAAACUGUGUCGGAGUUUUGGUUUGUUUUUUGCUAUUUCUGAUUUUAUCCUUUUUCUGUGUAAUUUUUUUUGUUCCUGUUUGGUUCUCUCAUUUUGCAUUCUACAAUUCCCAAUCUCAGACUACUCAGUUCUACUGAUGCUGUACUGUUUUUUAAAAAGAAAUGUAUUUAUUGGCCAUCGCUGGCUCUAAAAAUUAUUAGACACAGAUUGUGUUCAGGAAGACAAUCAAAUUGAGUGGAGCUUAAAACAAAGUAAACUGAAUCUACCAUCUCACUUGAAAUUUAAAGAAAGAUAUGUAAAUAUAACAUAGAAUUAUAGAUUUAUAUUUUGUUCAUAACACAUAGUGUAAUAUAAGUUGUAUAUUUUCAUGUCUUUUUGUUUAUGUUAUCAUCCAUGCCACAAUAAAAGCAGGAGUACUAGUACUCUGGAAAAAAAAACAGACAUGUGUUAGCAGCAUCUGUUUCUGUCUUCCCCC